GUAGCAGCUGGGGCAGCCGACGACUGGGAGCUCACUGCUGUAGGUUGUGAGCCUCGGAGAGUCACCCCGAGGAGGUAAAGAGGAGCCCCGGAGGGAAGAGAGUCACAACCCGAUGCUGUGCCGCCCAAUCACUGACACUACGCCAAGUUACUUGCGCUCCCGGCCUUCUGCUUCACCAUCGUCUGGAGCAAGAAGCAGAGUAUGCAAGAGGGGUCCUCUGAGCAUGCAGUGGCCCUCUCUCAGAUGCUAAAGGAAGCUUACUCUUGUGGGGAAAUGGACGGUUACCGUGACGGCAGGAUGUCGGAGGCGUCCUCACAUGAUGUGUACUUUGACUCUCUGACUGACCUCCAGGAGGAUGGGGAAGAUGGCAGCCCCCCUCCAGCCGAGCUCUCGGCCUUCCUCAGCCAGGAGGAGAUGUGCAAGAGCCUCGAUCUCGCCCGGGUGGCCAUCGCCGAGAGCUCUUCAGAGGAGACGGAGCCUGAGCCCGAGAUGGAAGAUAUCUCCCGGUAUAUCCGCCACCGGGCCCUGGCCAGUCUCCCAGAGGACUCGCCUCCGGCUGGAUCCCAUACUGCUCCAAGGUCGGGUAGCCCGGCGACGCUUGUGAAGAGGAACGCCGAGUCAGGAAGCUCCACCCCGAAGAUUGACCAAGGCACAGAUGGCAGCCAUAUCCACCGGGCCACCAGCCCUGCCCAUCGGGCCACCAGCCCUGCCCACCAGGCCACUAGCCCCACCCAGCAAGCCACCAGCCCCGCCCACCAGGCCACCAGCCCUGGCCAGCCAGACAUCCCAGGCACCGACUCAUCCUCUGAGGACCUCGAGCUGCAGCCUCCAACCAACCCCGAGGAGGCAAAUCCCACCCCCAGCUCCAAACGGAAAGGGAUACCUAUUUACCAGAGCGAGAGCUCGGCGAGAAACGAGUUCUGCAACAAGGCCGUGUCGUUCAUCGAGGAGCUGUCCUCCAUCUUCAGGACGGUGAGACCGAGGAACUAUGGCCAGGGAAAGAGUAAGAGCCAUGAAGAAGAUAGCUCAUCACCCGACAGUGGUUAUCUCUCACCGAAGAACAACCUCAAAGUGAGCACCACUUCCACCAGGAAAGCUGCGCCAUUGGAAACCAAACUGGCGGCCACGUCUGACUUGGAAGCGCAUGCUGAGGUUGGGCGGGGCCGUGAACCAGACACACUCCCCAAGGGUGAUGAGAAAGUCCUCACCGGCUCCGCACCCCGCUUCGUUCAAAAGCUAAGAAGUCAAGAGGUCGCUGAAGGAAGCACGGUACGUCUGGAAUGCCGGCUACUGGGCCAUCCUUGCCCCACGGUCAGAUGGUCCUGUGAGGGAAAGGAGUUGGAGAAUUCCCCAGACAUCCAGGUAUCCCAGGAUGGUGAUCUCUAUACUUUAGCUAUUGCUGAAGCCUUUGAGGACGACACUGGGCGCUACACCUGCACAGCAACCAACUGCUUCGGUUCAGACACUACAUCCGCGGAGGUCUAUAUUGAAGGGGCUUCUUCCACAGACUCGGAGGGCGAGAGGGACAUGUUCAAGCCGCAUGCUGGAACCAUGCCUCAGGCCCAGAAGAAGACCACGUCAGUGUCCCUGACAAUAGGAUCCCCUCACUCGAAGGGAGCAGCAGGUUCCAAUGAAGUGCAGCAAGUCCGUUCUACACUGGUUCAAUCCAUCUCCAUCCCAGCCCCACAGGUGCAGAGUCCGACGGCUUGCCUGCAGAUCCAAGAUGGAGUCUCCCCACCUGUGUUUACAAAGGUGCUGCAAGACAUCACUGCUUCUGAAGGUCAGGUCGUUGCCCUGGAAUGCCGAGUUAAAGGCACACCUCCUGUCAAAGUGCACUGGCUGAGACAAGGAACAGAGAUCGAAGAUUCUCCAGACUUCCGAAUCCUUCAAAAAAAGCCUCGAACAGCCACCGAGCCUGAAGAAGAAAUCUGCACUCUGGUGAUCGCCGAAACCUUUGUGGAAGAUGCCGGAACGUUUACUUGCACAGUUACCAACUCCUUUGGCACUGUGUCUUGUAGUGCCCAGCUCACACUCAGAUCAGGAGAUGAAGGUGUUCCAAAUAAUGGGAAUGGUUUAGUGGAUAAUCUUAUGCCACUGCCUCAGAAUGAAAUCAGUUCAUUGGAAUUGCCUCCUAAGAGGACUGUUGACCCAGUCCAGGUGAAGCGCCUUGAGACCAAGCCCAAUUUAGCCGCCUUCGAACUGCAGCUCAGUCCUGCCGAGAAGUUACCCAAUGGUAGUUCUGCGAGCCAAGAGAUCAAUGGACCAAGCCAAAGGCAAUGCCCACAACCUGCAGCCGCACCGCCAUCCCCGGCAAAGGAACCACCGCCUGUAGCUGCCAAACCCAGGCUGGACCCCUUGAAACUGCAGCAGCUGCAGAACCAGGUUUUGGCGGAUCAGCAAGGCGGAGGUGGUUGGCCCAGUCAGCAGACGUUCUGUUUCCCACAGUGCUCGCCGCCCUCGAACCAGCUCACCCCUGCCCCCAUGAGUGUGCUAAACCCCCACACUCCCGCAGCCAUGCAACAGACAACCAGCUUCAAUUACGCCCGACCCAAGCAGUUCAUUGCCGCCCAAAGCCUUCCAUCUUCUGCCGGCUACCUGUCUCCUUCCUCUGGCUCGUCAGGGUCUAACCUCUCCUCCCCCCUCUCCCCCCCAACCAUGCACAAGCCCUUUAACCGGGUCACCCUACCUCAGCCCUGCCCGUCUGACUCCGACCAGCGCUACCUCACCUCCCCUUCCACACUGAGCCCCUCCUCCUCCUCGCCUCCCCUCCCUCCUCCGCCGCCAGUUCUCACCCCUCCUGCUUUCUUCCCUCAGGACCCUUUCCCUCUGCCACCCCCGCCCCCGCCUCUCCUCGCUUCCCCCUCCCACCUUCCCUGCCCAAGAUCUAACCUUUCUGUGUCCUGCAGAACCCCGCAGAGUCUAAAGAGAAACAGCCGAACCUCUCGCCUGGCAACAGAUGAGGAAAUUCAGGGAACAAAGGACGCGGUCAUUCAGGAUUUGGAAAGGAAGCUACGGUUUAAGGAUGACCGCUUGAGCAAUGGCCAGAGAUUGACCUAUGAGGAAAAGAUGGCCCGCAGACUCCUGGGAGCAGACAAUGCCGCCACUGUCUUCAAUUUCCAGGAAGCAGAGGAUGACCCUGUGGUCCAGGAGUACAAGGUCUCCAGCUUUGAACAAAGGCUGAUCAAUGAGAUUGAGUUUCGUCUGGAGCGGUCCCCGGUGGACGAAUCUGAUGACGAGGUCCAGCAUGAUGAGCAACCUGACCAUGGCACAGCCCCACUCUUCGAGAGGAAGCUGAAACACAUCAAGCUGUUCGAAGGGUCACCAGUAACGUUCACUUGCAAAGUGACCGGAGAUCCUCUGCCAAAGGUCUACUGGUUCAAAGACGGCAAACAAAUUUCCAAGCGCAGUGAGCAUUACCAGAUUAGGCGAGAGGCAGAUGGAACUUGUACCCUCCACACUGAAACUGCGACACUAGAUGAUGACGGGAAUUAUACCAUCAUGGUAGCCAACCCACUGGGUAGGACCAGCUGCACAGGCAGACUAAUGGUCCAAACUAUAAGCCAGAGAGGACGCUCACCCCGCUCUCCAGCCGGACAGUCACCUGGGCGAAGGCCUCGGUCCAGGUCCCGGGACAGUGGAGAGGAAACUGAAGCUAUCCAGCAGCGCUUCUUCCGACCUCACUUCCUGCAAGCGCCAGGAGACAUGAUUGUCCAGGAGGGGAAGCUGUGUCGAAUGGACUGCAAGGUCAGUGGCCUGCCCACCCCAGACCUCAUCUGGCAACUGAAUGGGAAGCAGAUCCGAUCAGACAGCAGCCACAAGAUGCUCGUCCGUGAGAAUGGAGUUCACUCCCUGGUCAUUGAGCCUGCUACUGCUAGGGAUGCUGGGAUGUAUACAUGCAUUGCCACAAACCGAGCUGGACAGAACUCUUUCAGUCUCGAGCUAAUUGUCGCAGCUAAAGAGAUGGUCAGAGCCCCAGCGUUCAUCGAGAAGCUGCAGAACACUGGGGUGGCCGAGGGCUAUCCGAUACGGUUGGAAUGUCGCGUCUCGGGUGUGCCAUAUCCGCAGAUCUUCUGGAAGAAGGACAACGAGUCCCUCACCCAGAACACAGAGAGAGUAAGCAUGCACCAUGAUAACAAAGGUUACAUCUGCCUGCUCAUUCAACCAACCACGAAGGAGGAUGCUGCAUGGUACACUGUAUCAGCUAAAAACGAAGCCGGAAUAAUAUCCUGUACAGCCAAGCUGGAUAUUUACUCCCCUCAGUGGCACCAAACCCCCAGCUCCAAACCAAAGAAGGUGCGGCCUUCCGCCAGUCGCUACGCUGCACUUACCGACCAAGGACUCGACAUCAAGUCGGCAUUCCUGCCUGAGGCGAACCCCAUCCAUCUUGGCCCCCAGUCUGAUCUGGUGGAGAGCGACGACCUGUAGCUAAACCCUCGGUGGGAGAGAGAGCAAUGCGGAGGUUUCAGGGUUUCAGGCAGAUGGGGGAGAAAACUGCCUCACGUCAGGAGCAAGUACAUCCAGACCAUCAGGCCACCAAGUCCAUACACACUGAAAGCUUAUCCAAACAUAUAUAUAUAAUAUAUAUAUAUAUAUAUUAUACACAUACUUUUUUUAAUGUGCAACAAUACAAGAACCUUAAGCAUGAGAUAAGAUGAAGAGAUUUUGAAAUACAAACGGGGAGAAGGCAUUGGUAGUCAAGCGAGCAUUGGAUAGAAUUGGAUUUGACACAUGCACAUAUUCUGAUAUCCAUGUGCCACCUUGCAUGGCCGGAUUAUAAAGUAGGUAUUCUGCUACACAAUGGCUACCAUUUAUUAUAAACCAUUAUAUACACAUUGUUAAAGAAUAUAUAUUCUGGAAAAUCAGCAUCACCUAAGUGCCUGAGCUAAAACUGUAUGAUUCAGGUUGCCUUCAGACUUGAGCAUGAUGUAUUCUGUUUGUGAUAAUGUUCUGUGGGAAGGGGGAGGAGGGGAUUUGGGGCAGGGGGGGGAGGGUGGGGAAAAGUGUUGGGUUUUUUUUCUUUGGAAAUGGGUUGCAGUAAGGGACAAGAUGUGUGGUCAUGUGUGCCUCUGAAGGCUGCAUUGCUUUCUGGGAGUCCUGAUUGACAUCAAACUGUCUCUCAAGACACAGGGGGGCUGUCCUGUCAACACAUAUGGUGAAAGAACGCAUUGAGGCAGUUAGUGCGGCCUUUGGCAGACUAUGGUGUGUGGCUCCACCAACCUCACUCGAGUCCUCGCUGUCUCCUUCUCACCUUCUCUUAAUUCGAGCUGCUGAAGUCACAGAUCGCAGUGACAGUUUUGACAAGGCUCUUUGAAAGCAGAAAUGUUAACCCAGUUGGCCACCAGUGUAGUACUUUCACUGAUUAGAUUUGAGCCAAAUGUGAUGUUUACCGGCCUACAGAGGCCUAGCAGUAUUUGAGGUGAACCAUACCAUAGCAGAACGGUUGUAGUGUUUGUCUCUGGAAGAGCUGGUAACAGGUCUCGCAGUAUUGAGUCAUGUUCCGAUGAGGUAUUGGGGUGGCUCUGUGUGAGUGAGGGUAUGAGCUCUGAGCUCUCCCUCUGAGGCAGCUGAUGUGUCAGCACUGCUAACUCUUCGUUCACCAGGCCUUGGCCAACGCUCUGACUCGGGAUGAGGCUCUCCCUCAACCCACGGCCUUUCCUCGCAGCAGAUUGAUCUGUACGCAGAGGAUGGUGUGUGUGUGUGUGGAAUGAGCUGCCAGGGGAAGAGGUAGAGACUGGUACAGUUACAACAUUUAAAAGGUGGGUACAUGGAUAGGAAAGGUUUAGAGGGAAAUGGGCCAAACACAGGCAAAUGGAAAGAAGGCUGUUUGACCUUUGAGUCCCACUCAUGACCCAGUGCAGGCCUGGCGUCCCAGUUGAAGAAGCCAAGCAGAAACCAUCACUGGUAGACAGGAACUGGAGGUAGGGUCAUUGCUGUCAUUCUCCUCCAUAGCUAGUUUGACUUCAACUGCUGUGUGUCUCUCCUUAAACACCAUUUUUUUAAAACUUAAAUCCCAGGAAGACUUUGGGAAUUUUGUCGCCUACAGAGCUCCUUGCUGUGGUUUGGUUGUUUUACCGAGGAAGCAAACUUCAGGCUGAAUGUAGCAGUUGAUUUUGGUGGGAGAUGGGCUGUUGUUAGUGCCUUUUAAUUGCCUUUUCCAAUUUGGCAUCUGGAUGGUAUGAGAAGGUGUCAGUGGUUUGAGUUUGUCAACUGGGAUAGUUAAUAAACAGGUGGACACAUUGAAGGCGGUGAGAUCUCACACUGUGGUUGCAGCAUUCACUUCCCUGGGCACAGUUUGUUAUUGUGAAGUGAUUUGGGAGCCAAAGUUAAUCACACAUAAGCUGUGACAGGAAGUCUAGCCUAAUGCAUUGCAUUAAAAGGAUAACAUUGUAUUUAAAGUUAAUUGGACAGGAGGCAACAGACACACAAACAAACACAAACACACCCCUCCCGGAAUGCAUUCCUGGCUUCAGGUUUCUUUAACCAAAAACAAUACGUGCAUAAGAUGGGCAUAAAUUGCGUUUUAAUCAUCAUUUGUUUGAUUGCAGUGGUGAUGUGGCAAGUAGGAGCAUGGCCACCCAGACUGGUUUCAGACCCAGUAAACCACGGCUUUUCCAAGUAAUAUAUAGAUGGCACACCAAAGUAGGCUGAGACGUGCUGGAACCAGCUGCCUGGUGCUCAGCGCUCUGUCAAUCCUCUCGUGCCCACAUCCUGAUUGCUUUCCAUUCGCCGACCCCAGUAACAUAGCCUCACCAGUCAGGGGUUGGUGGGGGGGUGGGGAGAGAGGAAGAAUCCUGAAGGUCCUCUCAGAGAGACAGCUGGCUCAGGGGACAGCAGCGGUCAGGCAGGGCAGAGGGAACGAGUAGGAGGACAUUGGAAGCUGGUUGUCAUUUCGUCCUACGGUGAAAUGGACUUACCGCCGAAGCAAACUGAAAAUAGCCCACACCACAUUGGCAACUUGAAAUGUGCAAGCGUUAAGUGUCUAAACUUAGCUCAGACCUUCUGAUUAAUCCACCUUUGUUUUUGUUGCUUGAGGUAUUAUGUUGAAAGAAUUGAAUCUGUUGCUAUCUGGUACUGUAUAACCCAGCAUUUUAACUCCACAAUACUAUAUAGAGAGAUUCUGUAAGCCUAGGCCACUGGUUUAGCUAAUAGUUUUAAAGUUAACGUUAGGGUUGAGGCUGCAACUCAGUGGUUGGGAACCAGGAGGAUGCAAGUGGCAUCAGUACAGGUGGAAGUGCUGUACCUGAUGGUGCCUUUUGCUACAGCGUCUGUGAUUCUCUUCUUCGAAUCUUGUAUCUGCAUCCAACUUUUUGAAUGUAGCUGUGUAUUCUUGCGAGCUUCACUUUAACCUGGGCUGACACUGCUCACCUCCUCAAUACUGGGGCAUAUUUUUAACGCAAAAGCUUAUUUUUUUCCCUGUAAAGUUAUUCCCGAACGCGAACCAUUUUUUCUUGGAUUGUUCUACUGAGAUUUUCCUCUUGGGGUUUAUAAAUGUAAUAAAAAUGUUGGAACAA